UUCUCAAGCUGCAGCUCCUGAUCCUCUCUCUCUGAAUAAAGAUAGAGCUUUACCCAGACUGCACAUUCCUUCCUCUGUCCCAGAUCUGUGAGUCCGGCACUCUCUUAUCUCGCCCCCUAUUCCAUGUUUUUUUCAUUCUGUAGUUCAGUUGUUGACUUGCAGCAACUGAAAGGAAAGAGUGAAUUCGGCAGGGACAGACUCCGGAAACGCUGGUCCAGAAAUUUUGAAGAUUUGAAGAGGGAAGUUUUAAAAUCAACAGAUGAAGGGCUUAUAACCGAAACAUUGACCCUCCUGCUCCUCGGAUGCUGCCUGACUCCCCUGUGAUUUUCCAGUGCCACAUUUUUCGACUGACUCUCCAGCAUCUCCGGUCCUCACUUUGAUGUCAAUGUCUAACAGUCACUCAAUCCACUGGGGCCAGCAAAGAUUUUCGCCGUGAUUUCUGAGAGAGGAAUCAAAGCUUUUUGGUUCCUGUCUGAGUAUGUUUUCAGCAUCAGUGGGACUGGACAAGAGACCCCACUGUUGCAGCGCACUGUGUGUGGAGCCUGAAACAGUUAUACAGCCUGGGAAGGGGAUUUCACGGCAGGGAGGGGCUGUACACGUGUUUGUGUGCAGCUGAAGCUGUGGCCAUGGAGAAACCUGAGGAAUCCCGCCCUGUGCAGAAACCGUGGAAGUGUAGGGACUGUGGGAAAGGCUUCCGUGUCCCAUCUGCCCUGGAGAUUCAUCGGCGCAGUCACACCGGGGAGAGGCCAUUCCCCUGCACUGACUGUGGGAAGGCCUUCAGAUAUUCCUCCCACCUGCUGGCCCACCAGCGGGACCACACGGGGGAAAGGUCCUUCAGCUGCCCUGAGUGCGGGAAGGCCUUCGUGUUUUUCUCCGCCCUGUUGUCCCAUCGGCGGAUCCACACAGGAGAGAGGCCGUUCAGCUGCCCAGAGUGCGGGAAGGCUUUUACCAACAACUCCAAACUGCGGAUCCACCAGCGGAUCCACACGGGGGAAAGGCCCUUCAGCUGCCCUGAGUGUGGGAAGGCCUUCAGCGAUUCCUCCGCCCUGCUGAUCCACCAGCGGGUCCACAUGGGGCAGAGGCCCUUCAGCUGCUCAGAGUGUGGGAAGGGCUUCAGCACAUCCUCCACCCUGCUGAAGCACCAGCGGGUCCACAGCGAGGAGAGGCCGUACAUCUGCUCUCAGUGCGGGAAGGGCUUCAGUUUUUCCUCCACCCUGCUGACCCACCAGCGUGUCCACACCGGGGAGAGGCCGUACAUCUGCUCUCAGUGCGGGAAGGCCUUUACCCGGUCCUCCACCCUGAUGAGGCACCAGCGUGUCCACACCGGGGAGAGGCCGUUCAACUGCUCUCAGUGCGGGAAGGGCUUCACCUACUCCUCCACCCUGCGGAGCCACCAGCGGGUCCACACGGGGGAGAGGCCCUUCAGCUGCCCUCAGUGCGGGAAGGCCUUCAGCAGAUCUUCCUCCCUGCUGAGCCACCAGCGGAUCCACACCGGGGAGAAGCCGUACAUCUGCUCUCAGUGCGGGAAGGGCUUCACCCGCUCCUCACACCUGCAGAGACACCAGCGGGUCCACACCGGGGAGAGACCUUACACCUGCUCUCAGUGUGGGAAGGGUUUCACCUGCCCCUCCCACCUGCGGAGACACCAGCGAGUUCACAAACCUGAGGAAUCCCGCCCCGUGGCAAAACCAUGGAAGUGUGGCGACUGUGGGAAAGGCUUCCGUGUCCCGUCUGUCCUGGAGACUCAUCGGCGCAGUCACACUGGGGAGACCCCGUUCCCCUGUCCCGUCUGCGGAAAGGGCUUCAGCACUUCCUCCACCCUGCUAACCCACCAGCGGAUCCACACGGGGGAGAGGCCCUUCAGCUGUCCAGAGUGUGGGAAUUCUUUUACCCAGGCCUCUGUCCUGCUAACCCACCGGCGGAUCCACACGGGAGAGAGGCCCUUCAGCUGCCCCGAGUGUGGGAAGGCCUUCAGCAAUUCCUCCAACAGGCUGAAACACCAGCGGGUCCACACUGGGGAGAGGCCCUUCAGCUGCCCAGUGUGCAGGAAGGCCUUCAGCGAUUCCUCCACCCUGCUGAGGCACCAGCGGGUCCACACGGGGGAGAGGCCCUUCAGCUGUCCAGAAUGCGGGAAGAGAUUUACCCAGGCCUCCAACUUGCUGACCCAUCUGCGGAGCCACACGGGGGAGAGGCCCUUCAGCUGCCCCCUGUGCGGGAAGGGCUUCACCCGCUCUACCAACCUCCGGAGGCACCAGCGAGUUCACGUACCAUCGCAAGGGGAUUGAAGGAGCGAUGGCCGUGUGCCAUUAUCGACUGGACUAUCAAUCCAGUUCCGGGGACUCCCAGGUUUGAAUCCCACUGCAGCAGAUGGUGCGAUACAGGGUAUAAAUUGAAAUUGCCGAGUAAGGCAAUACUUCCUCCAGGUUAAGGCUGUACCAAGGAUCCAAUUACAAAGGGACAGCUUGGGGGUGACCAAUAGUAAAGAGGUGAGGUGGGUUGGGGGUUGGUGGGGUAGCAUGUGCGCUUUGACCUUGAGCUGUUUAAAAAGCAGCUACGUUUUCUCUGCCUUUUUGCUGAGGGGGUUUGAAGCUCUAACAAAGUUGGAUCUCAAUAAAGGUUACCUGAAUUUACCCCCUGGCUCAGACUCUUAUUGAAAGCUUUGAGCUCCAAGAGGUUUUUGUUUUAAAGCUGCUCAUUUCUUGCAGCCUCCUGCACUAAGCUUCCAAUGUCGUGUAUCAGAUGGAGUGGUGAAUGAGCAGCCUGUUACAUUAGAUAUUGUCAAUUUUUCAGGAGUGCAGAAUGUGUCAAAUCAUCGGCGUUGUAAAGUUUACUACCAGCAUCAGGAGGUGUGGGCUGUGUUCACUAGACAUGAUGUGGAGGAGCCGGUGGUGGACUGGCCUGGAUGAAGUUAAAAAUCACUCAACAACAGGUUAUAGUCCAACAGGUUUAUUCGAAAGCACUAGCUUUCGGAGCACUGCUCCUUCAUCGGGUAACUGUGGAGCAUGAUCAUAAGACACAGAUUUUAUAGCAGAAGAGCACAAUAUCAUGCAACUGAAAUGACAUUGAACAAACCAAGAUUGCUGUUUAGUCUUUCACUUUUUGGAAUGAGUUGCAGGUUUCAGUUCAUUAGCAUGUAAAUCCCAGAACAUCUUUUAAUUCACGUACUCAAGAUGACUGAAGCUUUUUUUUAAAAAAAGUGACAACUCAUCCCAGAUAACCCCGAUAAAGGUGUGAGGUUCGAGUCUGUCAAUGUCCCAAUUUUGAAACAAACUGGUUCUAUUUCCCAAGUAGGCAUUUAUAAAAUAUUACAUGGAUUGACUGCCUGCAGACUGUGCACUUUUUGAACAGAAUUGAAUGUACCUGCAAACAUAAUUCUGCCAAUACAAAUUUGCCCAAAAAGUAAUGUGUGGAUGUGAGUUUGUGCUUGUGUGUGUGCAUGCUUGGUAAAGUGAGUGUGAUGGAGUAUAUGCCUGAGAGUGUGUUGGGGGGUGGAGGGAUGUAUGUGUCGGUGUCUGAGAGAACACGUGUGUAUGAGUGAGGAAUGAAUAAAAGUGAGGACUUUCGUUUUGCUAAAACAAGGGGGGGAAUUGUACCGUUAAUGGUAGGGCCCUGUGUUGUGUUGUAAAAGAGAGACAUAGUGGGGUUCAGGUACACAAUUCUUUGAAAGUUGCAUCGCUGCUAGACAAGGUGGUCAAGAAGGCAUUUAGCACACUUGCUUUCAUUGUUCACACCAUUGAGUAUAGGGGUUGGGACAUCAUGUUGAGGUUGUACAGGAUGUUGGUGAGGCCACUUUCAGAGGACUGAAUAUGGUUCUGGUGGCCCUGUAACAGGAAGAAUAGUAUUAGAGAGGGUUUAGUAAAGAUUUGCCAGGAUGUUGUAAGGACUGGAGGGUUUGAGUUAUCAGGAGAGGCUGGGACUUUAUUCACUGGAGCACAGGAGGUUGGGGGUUGACCUCAUUGAGACUGAUAAAAUCAUGAGGAGUGGAGGUAAGGUGAAUAGCAAAUGGCUCUUCCUUAGCGUAAGGGAACUCAAAACUAGGGGAGUAUUUCUUUAAAGUGAGAGGAGAGAUAUUUUAAAGGAACCUGAGGGGUGACAUUUUGGCAGGGUGGUUUGUGUGUGGAAUGAACUUGCUGAGGAUGUGGUAGAUGCAGGUACAUUUACAAAGUUUAAACGACAUUUGGAUGGGUACAUGAAUAGAAAGGUUUAGAAGGAUAUGGGCCAAAUGCAGGCAAGUGGGACUGGUUUAGUUUGGGAGCCCUGGUCACCAUGGAUGGGUUAGACCGAAGGGUCUGUUUCUGUGCUGUAUACCUCUCUGAACCAGAAGUGCUCUUAUUGAAACCAGUAGAAUUCUGAAAGGGGCUUGACAGGAUAGAUGCAGAUAAAGGCAGCGUAGACAUUCUUUUAAGGCAUAAUUGAGGUAUCUGCAUUCUUUACAAUGUUUUUCCAUCAUUUCCAGUGAUUGUCCGUCAUUUGGUAUCUUUUUGUGAUUCAACAGAUAUGACUUGAGUGAAUUCUGUAAAAUGCUUUUGUAUUUUAUUUAACUUUACUUGGUU